UGAGAAAAACAGAGCACAGGCUUAUUUGGAGGGCUAAGACUGUGGGUGUCCCACUAGCAGUUGCAUUUGCACCAGCUUCCUGUGAGUGAUAAAUGAAAAAUCCACUUUCUCUGAAGUACCUGCCUUGAAGACUACUCAGUAUUCAGCUAUAACAGAUGACAAAGAAGGAAGUACAGUAGCUGUUAAGCAUGCAUUUGAGGAAGAACAGCCAGUGACACAGGGAGCUGUUGCUUGAUGUAGUAUCAUGCUUGUGUGCAAAGAUGUGAAGAUGCCAGAGUUCAUCAGUCUUCUUCUGGCUCCAUGUUUGGUCUGGGGGGCUGGAACAAUGCAAGAGAGCAUCCCGAUGCAGACUCUACACUGCUAUCCUGACUACAACUCUCUUACAACUUGCACAUGGAUGGAAUGCUCAGAGGCCCAUCAGUUCCUGAAUAUGACUUUGAACUUUAACCACAGCCAUGGAAAGAACAAAGAAAUGACCUGCGCAUUCCACAAAGGGGAAAACCACGCUAAGUGCCAGAACUUCACAAUGCACUGGGUGUGUCAAAGCCAUCUGAGAGCAAGUAAUAUAGAAAGGUACAAGUUUAAACCUGACCUGAACCUGCAGGCAGAGCUAAAUGUCUACUUGUUUCAGAAUGUUCAGCCCCUUCCACCACAAAACCUCGAAGUUCAAAAUAGUUCAGGAGACUUCUUCCUGACCUGGACAGCAGCUGAAGGAAGCCAAGGACUGGGCAAUGCACUGGAGUAUGAAGUCACUUACAAGCGGGAGUGGGAGUCCUGGGAGGACGCAUUGCGCUUGCUCUCCAACACCACACGUUGCCACCUCAGCCACCUCAUGAUGGGGAGCCGAUACGUUGCCCGAGUGCGAGCCAGAGCGCAGCAGGCCAAAGGCUUCUCUGGGCCAUUCAGCGAGUGGAGCACGGAUGUGUCCUGGGAGACCCCUGAAGGUCAGGAACCCAUUCAGCCCAGGAACCUUCGCUGUAUUUUCAGUAGUGCAAAUCUUCUUACGUGCAGCUGGGAAGUGAAGAAAGUGAUCACCACCUCUGUCAUCUUUGGCUUGUUCUUCAGGGCCACUCCAGCAUCCGCGGAAGAGGAGUGCUCUCCCGUGUAUGAGAAGGUCUUGCCCCACAUCCCCUAUGUGGUACAGAGCUGUGCGAUCCCUGUUAGCAACAUCAGCAGUCAGAGCCGGUACCAUGUGUCUGUCCGGACCAAGACGGAGGAGAAACUGAUUGAAGCCCACAAGAACAUCAAGGUGCUACCCCCAACAAAUUUAACAGUGACAAUGAAUAAAGAUGGAGAGUAUGAGCUGAGAUGGAUAAAACAUACACGUAGGGAACAGUGUUAUGAACUGGAGUACUGGAAAACCAGCCAAAUGGAAACGGUUACCAGAAAGUCUAUCAAUGAUGAUCCUUACCACCUACUGCGGAAUCUGGAGCCAUCAACAUCUUACACCAUAAAAAUGCGUGCAAAGGUGCGAGAAUAUGAAGGGCUUUGGAGCGAAUGGAGUGAGGAGUUCACCUGGAAAACUGACAGUGUUCCAUCACCAGCGCUUCUACCAGUGAUGCUGACAGCUCUCACCGUCAUUUUGCUAAUAGUUGCUUAUUACAGCUAUAAGUAUUUCCUCAGGCAGAAGAAAUUGUGGGAGGAAAAGAUUCCAAAUCCUGGAAAGAGUCUGCUGAUCCAGAGCUACCUGGGGGCAAGAGGGACCUGUACCUUGCAGGGUGCCUCUGCAAGUACAACAAGGAGGUAUUCUAAGGAAGCUGUCAGCCAACUGCCAGCCAGCCAGGUGGGCUUCAGUGGGCAGAACACUUCUGAGGGGGUGGAGGAGAUUAACUGCCUUCAAAUGCUGGAUGGGAUGAUUAAGAACAGUUCACCAGAGCUUCAUGGAGCUAAGUCUGCAACAGAGAACGUUUCCCACGGUACACUGAAUCCACAAAUCUGUCAGACUUCUGAAGUGCCACAUAAAACCUCACUUCUAACAGCUGCCCUUGUCAGCCCACUGAAGCAGAGUGCAGCAGUGUCCGGCCUGGUGGCCAGGCUUCCGUGCAAGAGCGCUGCUGAUGCAAGUACUGCUUCCCAGACAGCAACCACUUCCUUCGCUUUCAAUGGUCCCUACUUGUACAGCCCAGUGAUGUCCUCCCAGCCUGAGAUGCAUCAAAUUCUUCAAGUGGACCCGGUGGGAAACCAAGAGAAAUCAGUGUCCCUUCAGGGGCAUGAGUCUGCUCCCAGACACCAUGCAGGCAAGAAGAGCAGGUCCUCAGCAGCCUUUCCUGCUCCCAGAUUAGCAGGAAAUGAUGCAGCACCUCAAUAAUGAGAAAGAAGUCUCACCACUCCCCCCAGCUGGUGGGCAAGGCACGAAUGUGAAACCAGAAAAGCAGAAAUCUCCAAAGGCUCUUGCCUGUGCCACAUCCCUUCAGCAGUGCCCCUCAGAGUAUAUCGCCACAGACAGCCUCUUACUGCCAUCAGCCAGUGACUCCACACAGCUGCCACUUGCCACCCACAAAAGAACCCACAAAAGUGUCCUUACUUAUUUCUUGAAAAGGAACCAAUUUUUCUGAAGAGCCUGUGUUGGAGAACAACAUAAUCAUGCUGAAUCCUGGCACUACCAUGACAGUUUUCUUCCACUGUGGGAAACUGCUGCCUUGUUCCCUGCCUAAAAUCUAACGAGAAGGUGCAAACGAGCCAGAAUGAUCCCGUAGUAAAUAAGUGUUAGAAAUUCAUUUUAAGUAUCAGAUAAUUUAUACACGGUGGAGGAUCCAUCAGCGGCAAGGACUAAAAUGUACAGAGUAUCGAGGUCAUCCAGAUCUUCAGAAAACUGAAGGUGUUACAGAAAUGAAAGCAGCCAGCUUUGAGAUUCAGAAAAGCCUGCUGGAGUUGCAGGGGUCUUUGACAGCUAAGACAAAGUUUUCAAAAAUUAUAUUGUUUAAUCCCAUUUUCUUUCCACAAAUGUUACUUCUCUGCAGCUUCUAGUCCAGCAUGGUGAAAGAUCCCAGGUGAGCCUACCCCUUUCUUAGUUACAUUACUGCUUUUGGUAAAAGGGGCAGGCCAUAAUUCUCAUGUACCUGCAUUUAUAUAGGCUUGCUUCGCAUUCCACUGAUAGAUAUGAUUGGCAGGGCAAGAAGCCAGAUUUAGCUAGGGCUCCUUUCUAAAAAUAGGUAAUCAAUUUCAGCUCAAGCGUCUCAGGAUAUAGGAAAAGAAAGUGAUUUUGCUUGGGCACAUAAUAAGCAUGGAUAAUCAGUUUUCCUGCUCAAGAGCAAUGAACUCAAGUGUUUAAAAGAAAAGGAAUGUUAUUAAAAAGGAUGAAAUGGCAACUCAGAAUAAGCACUGGGAGGCCUAUUUACUAAAGUCAGCUGUAUAACCUGAAAAAGUCAUGGUGAUGUAGCCCACUCCCACAUUUUACAUGGAUUUGAGAGUCCAUUCAUUGUUGAUGUGUAAGGAAACAUUGGAAAAUGUUGCUCCCAAACCUCUCUUCACUGUUCCCAAGUGCUGUGUUUCCACCCCUGAUGCUGGGCCACUGCUUUUAGCAGCUUUAGCCCAAGAAACCUUGGUUCUGCCUGCAGUCCCCACACUGCCACCUCAGCAUUUCAAAUACUCAGAAAGGAGCCAGUUGCAAACAAACCCCAAAGACAACCCUGAG